ACGCCGAGGAAGCCAUGUUGAUGCCUGGUUUUAUGUCAACCGCUGCACUUUGGAUGGUUAAAGGACUGCGCCUCAAGGACUGGGAGCCUUUGCGGUGAUUCCCGCACCGCGAUGAGAAGAGGAGAGCGGGCCGGGAUGGUACAGGGCGCGCCAGCAGAGAGCUGCGCAUAGGUCACCGGUCAGGCACACAGUUGAUUCAGCGCCAGUGAAGUUGAUGCUAGAUAGCUUGUUAGCUAGGUAGCAACAGCUGUGCGGACGCUGCGUGGGAUGCGGCGUGUGGACUGAAACAGUUGCACCGUCUCGGCUCCUUACGUUUUGUUGAGCUCCCGUUAGCCAGCCCGCUUGAAGACUGCGCCUCGGGCAGCGGCGGCGAUGCUGACUUAAUGCUAGGCUGCUUAAGUUGGCGUUGUGAAACUAGCUAGCCUGUAGCUAAUGUUAGCAUGCUGAUAAUCAACUCGCAUCUCCAGUCACGACUAACAUUUCGUAGCUGAGCGCGUCCUAACUCAUCGUUGCGUGCAGACGGCCCGUCAGUCGCGGAGCAGCGUGUUGCGUGACGAAGCCCCCUCCCAAAACCCCCGUGUUGAGAUAUGGCGAUGCACCCAGUCUCCAUGGAAAGCUACCAGUUUGCCUGCCUAGCUUGCCAGGGAGCGGCUAACGGGCUAGCAGCGUAACUUUCCCCUCACGGCGUCACCCAGAAGCUGCAGAGCCCGCUUCCUCGCUAGCCCACGUCUCGUGCCCGCAGCAAGCUGGCGGCCCUCCGAGUGGAAGCCGAGGACAAGGAGCUGGGGCCGAUGGCCUGGGUGCUGAAGAUGGACGACGCCACCAUCGAGUCGGGGCUGGUGCACGACUUCGAUGCCAGCCUGUCCGGCAUCGGGCAGGAGCUGGGGGCUGGAGCCUACAGCAUGAGUGAUGUGCUGGCUUUACCAAUCUUUAAACAGGAGGACUCCAGCCUUCCUACCGAAAUUGAGACCAAAAAUCCCCCAUUCCAGUAUGUGCUGUGCACCGCCACCUCGCCUGCCGUCAAGCUGCACGACGAGACGCUCACAUACCUAAACCAAGGCCAGUCUUACGAGGUGCGUCUGUUGGACAACAGGAAGGCAGAAGAGUUACCAGAGCUCCACAACCAGAUGGUGAAGAGCACAGUGCGAGUGGUGUUUCAUGACCGUCGGCUGCAGUACACAGAGCACCAGCAGCUGGAGGGCUGGAAGUGGAAUCGUCCUGGCGACCGUCUCCUUGACAUUGAUAUCCCCAUGUCAGUGGGCAUUGUGGAGCCGAAGACUCACCCCUCCCAGCUCAACGCUGCAGAGUUCCUGUGGGACCUGAACAAAAGGACUUCUGUUUUUGUCCAGGUGCACUGCAUCAGCACAGAGUUUACUCCCAGGAAACAUGGUGGAGAGAAGGGCGUCCCCUUCAGGAUCCAGAUCGACACGUUCGCCCAGGGAGACAACGGGGAGUAUGCGGAGCACCUCCACUCUGCCUCCUGCCAAAUCAAAGUCUUUAAGCCAAAGGGGGCGGACCGUAAGCAAAAGACCGACAGGGAGAAGAUGGAGAAACGCACACCUCAAGAGAAAGAAAAGUACCAGCCCUCUUACGAUACCACUAUCCUAUCAGAGACGAGGCUCGAACCCAUCAUAGAGGAGGUGGGUGACCACGAGCUGAAAAAGUCCAGCAAGCGGACACUUCCCGCUGACUGUGGCGACUCCUUGGCCAAGAGAGGCAGUUGUUCCCCAUGGCCAGACAAUGCCUACGUCAGCACCAACCAGGCAGCUACUCCCUCCUUCACCUCCACCCCGCUGUCCACCUACACCACCUCCUCAGUACCAGACAGUGAAUCGUCCUCUCCCAAUCACCAGGCAGAGCCCGUCAGCCUUGGCAACUUGGAGCAGCUGAGCACCACCGCAUCCAUACAGGACGCCCAGAAGUGGCUGCUGAAAAAUCGCUUCAACUCCUACGCACGACUCUUCUCUCACUUCUCAGGUUCUGAUUUGUUGAAGCUAACCCGGGACGACCUGGUCCAGAUUUGUGGGCCAGCAGAUGGGAUCCGACUCUUCAAUGCACUUAAAUCCAGGUCAGUGUGCCCCAGGCUGACAGUGUACGUCUGUCAGGAGAGCUCCUUGCUGGAGAGACACGACACCGAUGAAAAUGGAGAGCACAGCAUCUCCUCUAGCUUACGAGUGUACCACGCUCUGUACCUUGAGGAGCUGACAGCUGCAGAACUGAUCCGCAAGAUGGCGUGUGUGUGCAGCCUUCCACUGGGAAAAAUCAACCAGGUGUACAGGCAGGGUCCUACAGGCAUACUCAUCCUGCUCAGUGACCAGAUGGUUUACAACUUUCCUGACGAGAGCAGUUUUUUGAUCAGCACUGUCAAAGAUGAACUAGGUGAAGGACUCCAUCUAAUCCUGAAGUAGUGAUGAGGACAGACGGCAUCGCUAAUACUUCACCCUCUGUUUUGGAGCAGAAGCCCUCCCUCUGUCCCCGCCUCUACUCUUUCAUUCUACUUCCUCCCUCUCUCUGAACGAUUGCUCGAUGGAAAGACUGCGUUAAAGCCAUGUAAAUGUUAGAAUCUGACAUGGGUGUGUCCACUGUUUCAUAUUGAAAACACUAUUAACAGAGGAGAGUUAAAAGAGGAGAGACUGGGGGGGGUGUUUGGGGUUUUGGGAAAGAUUAUGAUUUUAUUUCUUUGUCUUUUUAUAUGUUUUUGUGAGUGUGUGUGCGGAGAAGUGAAGGGGGGAGGCUCCAGGGGAGAGUGAUAAUCUGGCUAGCAGGAGAAAGAAAACAGAGUUUCCUUAUUGCUCGCUGCCCUUCCUACACAACGCACACAACCAGCACUAGGCCAGUAUUUGAUAACCUGUACUGCUGAACAGCAUGCGAUCUCAACAUACUAACUUGCUUAAAGGAGAAUCCCAGCUUACUCUGCUUGUUUAACAUUCUCUUUGGGUUGUCUUAGUGACCAUUUAUUGAUCACCUGAGCUUGGUAACCCCUGAAAUAUCAAGGCUGAAUUUAUAGAAAACUUUUUAUGGAUGUUAACAAAAGCAUUCAAUCUUUUUUUUUGCUUUGUCAAUGGACUAAUUUCAAUGCCACUGUCAUCCUGUGUGAUUUUACACUUCUCCCUCUGUCUGUUGACAUGACAUCACACUUAACUCCACACUCUCUUAAAUUACGUCCUAUUGAGUCUGAGCUUUUACUGUUUUUAGUUGAUGCUUAAUUUAUGGAUGAGCUGUUUCUGUUGCUCUCCUUGACUUGACUUGUUUCUGGUGCCAUAUCAAAUUUUUAAGCUCAAUCUUUUACUCGGAUUCACACACACACAUACACAGAUGACAUACACCUCUUGCUUUCUGUGCUCACUUUGAAACACUGGUGUAGAGGAGUCGGGUUCAUACCUUUUGGGGAUUUUGGCCAUAAAUGAGCAGAAGAAUAAGAAUAAACCUCGGUAUAAGACGAAAAACCUACUAUAAUGUGGACCAAUCGCGUUUCAGAUUUGAUAGGCAUAUUUUUGAUUCAGCUCUGUCCAUCUUGGUCAUUAGAAGUAUAAAAAAAUAUUGGCCAGGAACCCUCAUCAAGUGGAGCUGAUGAGGGUUUAUGUAGCUAAACACAGGACGUACAGGUUGUGUUUGAGUGCCCUUACUUUGAAAGUGAAAGGAAACCUCACACAGGUCAGGGAGUAGCAGGGAAGCGCCGUUGGUUUUGUUGACCCUCUUACUUUUGUUUGCACGAUUUCUGGCAAUUUUUGAAGUGCACACAGUUUGCACGCCUCAAAGCAUCAGAAUAAAUGUGUGUGUGCGUGCAUAUCAUAUUUUGUUCUUACAAAGAAAACUUAAUUAUGUCAGUAGUUGUCACAAUCCUUUUUUCCUGUUGGAAUAAUGAAACUGUCUAGCUUCCUAUUUAGUAAAGAGCAUGUGAGAAACGGGGAAGGGAGGGAGGGAUAGGUUGGUCCAUGGUGAGUGUAACUUCUCCUUUUUUCCAGAUGUUAGAGACCAAGUCUGCACUGAAAAAUCACAAAACUAAAAGCUUGAUGUGUAGUCAGUAGUCCUGCAGCCACACCCUCUCCUUAUCCACCUUAAUGAGAAGGAGGGGAAAAAAGUGUCAAGAUUUAAAACAUCUGUUUUUGUCUCGCACCAGAGCCCAAGGACGCGAAUACCACAGCACAGUGAACUCUUCAUUGACUCGAAAUAUUUGUGAGAACAGAGUGGAUGUGAUACCAAGUCAGGCAAAACCCUGGCGAGCUGUUUCCAUCCCCCGACAGCCCGACCAAUCCUCUGUCUGUGUGAGCAAGUUUGUGAGCAACAGAGGUGACCACUGUUUAUGUACAGCCCAAUGUCAGUGAUGAUGCUUCUCAUGUGCACAGUGUCGUAUGCUGGACGUGUUCACGACCACGUACUGGGAAUAAAUGAUUUCAUAACUUU